UCUCGCGACAUUUCCAGCUUCCACGUCGCCUCAGCUCGCAGUGACGCCAUCACGUUCACUGCGUGCUGCGCAGCGUCAGAGCGGAGGGUUAGCUGUUUGUGAUGUAGAUUAGCGACCAAACAUCGGAUUUUUCGUUCUUUCUGUGGAGAUUAAACUCCGCCUGUCUGCGGAGAGGACAUCCACCGAGCCACCGAGCCGGGACGAACACGGUUAGCACCCAGCUGAACUGCCGCUGCGGGGAAAAUGUCUGCGGGCUCCGGGAGCAGAAACACGAACACGGAACCGUGGGGAAGCUUCGAUGAUAACCUCAUCCAGGGCAGCGGCUCGGCGGUCGUGGACAUGGAGAACAUGGACGACACGUCGGGCUCCAGCUUCGAGGACAUGGGGGAGAUGCACCAGAGGAUGAAGGAGGAGGAGGAGGUGGCCGCCGAGGCAGCCGCCGCCGAGGACGACAACGGCGAGGACGGAGAGUUUCUGGGCAUGAAGGGGUUAAAGGGGCAGCUGGGCCGACAGGUGGCGGACGAGGUGUGGCAGGCGGGGAAGCGCCAGGCCUCCAGAGCUUUCAACCUGUACGCCAACAUCGACAUCCUGAGGCCGUACUUCGACGUGGAGCCGGUGCAGGUCCGCAGCAGGCUGAUGGAGUCCAUGAUACCUGUCCGCAUGAUCAACUUCCCCCAGAAGAUCGCAGGGGAGCUGUACGGUCCUCUGAUGCUGGUCUUCACUCUGGUGGCGAUCCUGCUGCACGGCAUGAAGACUUCAGGGACCGUCAUCAGGGAGGGCACGCUGAUGGGAACAGCCAUAGGAACAUGUUUCGGUUACUGGCUCGGUGUUUCCUCCUUCAUCUACUUCCUGGCGUACCUGGUCAACGCUCAGAUCACCAUGCUGCAGAUGCUCUCCCUGCUGGGUUACGGUCUGUUCGGUCACUGCCUCGUCCUCCUCAUCAGCUACAACAUCCACUUCCACUUCCUGUUCUACGGCCUCUGGCUGCUGGUCGGAGGACUGUCCACUCUGCGCAUGGUGAGGACUACGUUUCCCAUCAGCCCCCGGUUCUCCCUCAGCUGCGAGCUAAACCGGCGUGUGUCUCUCCCUCUGUCAGGUAGCGGCUCUGCUGUCCCGUACGGUGGGCCAGACUCCUCGCCUCCUCCUCUGCGGGACUCUGUCUCUCCUCCACAUGCUGUUCCUGCUCUACCUUCACUUCGCCUACCACAAGAUCGUCGAAGGGCUGCUGGACUCUCUGGAAGGACCCAACAUGGCUCCCAUGCAGCGGGUGGCCAGAGACGUGCCUGAACUGACGCUGAACGCCACGGCGAGGAGCCUGGGGGCCCUGCUGAGGAGCCGCUGAGGAGCCUGGGGGCCCCGCUGAGGCCCCGCCUCCCGUCGGCAGCUUCGAGUUCGGCUUUCUCUCCAUGUUUGUACAUUUUUAUUGUCUGUAACAUUCAGUUUUCGUUAUGUUCAGAUGUAUUUAUAGUUUCUGCACAACUCAAAUAAACUUCAUGGACUUUC